AUGUCCAACGGUGCCAACAGUGACAGCCACUGGGGCACCCUGAUCAACCCGGAUAAGAGCCCGGCUCCGCUGCUCGAACAGCUUUGUCUCGGUAUCGCACAGUUGAUGCCCUCCUUUUGUGCGGGUGGAUCGGCCGACCUGACUCCCGAGCGACUCGCUGCCUUCUACCGCAAAGUCGGCGGCAACUACGAUGCCUUGUUCCUCGAGACCAAAUCCCAAGCGCUGUCCUUCAUCUACCAGUCGCUGGGAUGUUUCCACAGCCUCCAACCAUCCACAAACCCUUAUGAACCCCCCUCGACCCCUUCACUCCUCCCAAAUGGAUUCGUGCGGUGGCAGACCAUCCAGCUGCUGAUGGACCCGGACGAGCACUCGCGUUAUCUGCAGAACGCUGUCAGUCUGUGGAAUCUCACCGAUGCAAAUGGAGAGCCGUUCCCGAAAGAGCUACCCCGCGAUGCAUUUCCCUCCGAGCCAGACCCGGAAAUGCUGCAGUGGCACGAGGGAGUCAGUAAGCGACUUGAAUACGACUAUGUGCAGAGGAACACUCCCCGUCCAUGUUCCCCCAAUUUUGGGGCGUAUUACGGCCAUGGCAGCAAGGAUCACGAGAAUGAUUACUUCUCGCACAGGCCCGGCGGGUCAGGACGGCAUCGAAGUCAUUUUGACUCACUGGGGACUCGGCGUCGUGCUCGCAAGCCGCACUUCGCCUUUAACCCAGCUCCAGACGAACCACGAUCCGGGUUCGCGUCACCACGCGUCCCAACUCCGCCUCCAUGGCCAGAACGCCCUCCUCGGAAACCUCGAGCUCGCACAGCUUGGCCGGGCCGCUCUGUGAGCCCGUCGACAAGAGACGCCGAUGACGCGUCGGCGGAGUCGUCCGACGAUUCAGUCGGCCGGGCCAGCGAGUCUCUGCAGAAGAAGAGUCGAGAUAAGCGCAAUUUAUCACCCCCGGCAGCCUCUCGAGCAAGACGGCAUUCCCACGACGCGUACACGCGCAAACCUGUCCGCGAUCUUUCUCCAGCAGCGUCUCCGCGUCAGCGCCGCAGCCACGGAUCGAGACCAGGCAAAUCACAAACGUCCGAAGAGCGCCCUCGAUCUAAACCGCCAGGCGUCAAGUUUCGAGAAUACAUCUUCGAUGAUCCUGUCCCUCCACCAGGUCCAGAUUCCCCCUACCCGCAGGGCCCAGCACCACCUCCGCCUCCAGCACCACCACCGCCUCGAUACGUACCCCGUCAUCGCAACUUGGAUCCCUACGACGAGACCCGCCGAAUGAGCUACAGCGGCAGUGGGAGUGGCAGUCGACCUGGAAGCGGGGGAGGCAGCAGCUCCGAGCGUCCGCGAUCAUACAGCAAUGCUGGACUUCACUCGCGACUUUCUCGUCGGACUAGUCCCGUACGUAGUUCUGCUGCAAAACGAUAUAUCCCGAUCAGUGUUGCAGAAGAUGAUGCCUAUAUAGGCUCACGGAGAACACCUGUAUACGACUGA